CCCCCCCCCCGCCCUCCAACCGUCCGUCCAGCCCCUCUGUCCCCCGGAAGUGUUGGCAGGAUCGGGUCGCCACUCCCCGCCUGAACCAUCAAGCCUAAGCCUGGAUGGGGUAACUCGGACCACAUCGCGCCCCCCUCCCCACGGCGUUCGCCUGGCCAGAGGCACGGUGGAACCAGCCUCGGUUCUUUUUCUAUUUUAUUUUUCUAUUUUAUUUUGUUAGUUUCCAGAGGAGAGGAGCUCUGUUAAGUAAAGGAAAUUUAAAAUAAGUAAGAUUCACUUCUCGAUCGUCUACCGACGUUCUCGGCCUGCCAACGACCAACCUGCCUAGCUUUUACGUUUUUUUCCGCCUGUGAAAGCCUCGCCAACGAGAAGUGGAAGAUUGGGUUUUAAAUUUUUUAUUUGACAUUCCGACAGUGUUUACGUUCGUAUUUUUACAGUGGUAGACAUUUUGUAAAAAUAAAUUGGUGGUAGACGUUUUGGGUUGUUUUUCGGGUAGUUUUUUUCCGUGAUUUGUCACCAUGGCUCGUAUGAACCGCCCAGCUCCGGUGGAGAUAACCUACAAGAACAUGAGGUUCCUCAUCACCCACAAUCCCACCAACGCCACUCUGAACAAGUUCAUAGAGGAGCUGAAGAAGUACGGCGUGAGCACUGUGGUCAGGGUCUGUGAAACCACCUACGACGCCGCCCUCGUGGGGAAGGAGGGGAUCCAAGUUCUGAAAUUCUUAAUGCUUCUCCAGGAUUGGCCGUUCGAUGAUGGAGCUCCGCCCUCUAGCCAGAUCGUUGAUGAUUGGCUGAACCUCCUGAAGGUGAAGUUUCGUGAAGAACCGGGAUGCUGCGUGGCGGUCCACUGUGUCGCCGGCCUGGGACGGGCUCCAGUUCUGGUGGCACUUGCCCUGAUUGAAUGUGGGAUGAAAUAUGAAGACGCUGUCCAGUUUAUUCGCCAGAGGCGCAGGGGAGCAUUCAACAGCAAGCAGCUCUUCUACCUGGAGAAAUAUCGUCCAAAACUGCGCCUUCGCUUCAAAGAUUCCAACGGCCAUCGUAAUAACUGCUGCAUCCAGUAAAGCAAGACCUGCAGGCGACACUCCAACCUUUCAUGUUCAGUAAAAGUAAAAACAAAAAAAGCUAAAUUUAACCUUGCUAUCUUCUUACCUGGAAGUCAAUGUGUUGAAAUGUUUUGUUUGGAGAAGUUUCCCUUUCCACUUUGAAGUGUCCGAAAACUAAGCUAAACACACACCAUGCCGUGUGACAGGGGGUUCUGGAGGGCGCUGAAUCCUCGUAGGUGCCGGUGUAGGUUCCCUCCAAACCGUAGUGUGUUGCGCUCUGUGCAGAUGCAUCCCCCUUAUUUUAGGAUUGAUCCUUGGUCUUCUGCGUUCUCUCAGAAUGUGACAAAACAAAAAUAGAUUUUUUGGGUUACCAUUUAAAUUCUGUACCCUGUUCAGUUCAAGGGUGUGAACUGAGAGGUAGGCCUUCCUUGAAAUCUGCUGGUUCAUCCAUUAAUGCCUUACAGACGAACGAAGGCCAUGGAUUUCCUCCACUCCUGGCAUUUGAAAAAAAGGUUUUCAUUUUUCUACUUGAAACAGAAAAAAAUAGUUGCCUUUGUCUUGUGCAGGAAGUCAAAAACACUAAAGCUCUUUCAGUGACUAUUUUUAAUAUCUAAUGCUUAACUGUCGCUAUAUUCGUCUCGUUGGGAUCUCCCAACUCCUCUAUCAAACAUUUUGUUGACUAUAAUUAACUGCCACGUCAAAUGUGAUUUUAUUUAGAAUUUUACUUUUUGCUUCAAACUGGAAUUCAGACGUCUGCUAUAUUUUGUAUGCCUUUUUAUUUGAUGUUCGUAACUUAAGAUACUUGGAUACUUGAUGAAUUUAUGUAUUUGAAAAUGUGUACUAUUGUUAGGUUGGCUAUUUAUACUAUCAAUGGAUGUGUGUUUUAGUACAGUGAGCUACACAUUGUACCCGUUCACCAACUUUAGGAGUACAUUAAAAUGAUACACUGAAAGUCCAUUGUCUUGUAUCUUGUUGUCUGUUUCUCAAAACAUACAAUCACACAGAUAACAAAGUCCCUCGUACAAGAGCAGAGCUGAGUAUCUGCUUCGUGAUGUAUCCUGGUAUGAGUUUGAUAGAUUGGUGUCAAGACCUCUAAUCUCAAUGAGCGGCUACCUAAAACAUAACAUUAAUAUGAUAUCUUAACAUAAUCAAUAAUUGUUAUGCUAUUUAACACAUUUACCAGUUUAUAGAUUAAAAGGUGACUCUUAUACUUACGUCAUGGAUUUUGAGUGUUGGCUGUAAAUGGCGCCCUCUUGUGGAGACUUUUCAAUGU